CAUCAAUGCUACAGCUUCUGAAACGUUCACCGUACUUCAACAAAGGAUGAGAAUAGUUGAGGAACAGACCAGUGCUCUGAGGGAUGACCUAGUAAUGUUGGACAUUAGCGAUAAAAGAGGCCAACUGGAAGCUCCAAACUGUGUAGAAGACCCUUUGGGCCAGAAAGCCAUUAGUCCUAUCCAGAAUGAAACAGUUUGUUCAGGAAAAACAAAUAUGAUAUGGGAGAAUUGUGAAUUUCUGGUAAACCGAAUGUGCCGCCUGGAAAGCCUUAUCCAGUCCUUGAAGAUGAACAUCUUCCGUCUGCAAACUGAAAAGGAUUUGAAUCCACAGAAAACAGCUUUUCUGAAGGAUCGGCUGAAUUCAAUACAGGAGGAGCAUUCCAGGGACCUGAAUCUGUUACAUCUUGAAGUGAUGAAUUUGCGCCGGCAACUGAAAGUUGUAAAAGAGGAAGAAGACAGGGCACAAAAUGAAGUGCAAAGGUUGACUGCCACACUGGAGAUUGCAUCAGAGACAAAGAAGAAUGCAGCUAUUAUUGAGGAGGAACUGAAGACCACAAAACGUAAAAUGAACCUUAAAAUUCAGGAGCUAAGGAGACAGCUGUCUCAGGAGAAGCACCUAAGGGAGUCUCUUGAGAAAUCUGGAUCAGACAUGCUACUCAAAAUACAAGAAAUGGAAUCAACAGUGGAAGUGGAACGGAAACAGGUGCAAAUUUUGCAGGAAAACUGCAUUGCCCUACAAAAUUCUAUACAGACUACCCAAGCACUAAUGGUACAGGAGCAACAAAGAAAAGAAGAGUUGGAAGCUGCUACCUCACAGCUCAAGUGUGAUCUAAUUUCUAGAGAUGACCUCAUUUCCAAGUUGGUUGAAGAAAACAAGAAGGUACAGAUGUAUUUCAACAAGGGACUCGAAGAAAAUGCAUAUUUGAGAUCUGAAGUAAUAUCUCUUCAUGAAUCAGCAGAAAAAGCACGGGUUUUGAAUGACCAGCUGACUAGCAAGUGUUCAGAGCUGAGCAGCAUGCUUCAGACUGUUAGAAUGGAGAAUGCCAGAAUCAUUGCUGACCAUCAAGCCAUGCUGAAGGAAGGACAGAAAAUGAUGACGCAAACAUUUCAAGAACAAAAUUUAUUGCUGGAUGCUGCCCAUGCCAGUAUUACCAGUGAACUACAGACUGUUCAGAAGGAGAGAACCCAACUCCAGGCACAUCUGGACCAUUUAAUCCAUGAGCAUAACCAAUGUAUCCAGAAAGCAGAGGCUGCUGAGAAAAGGGCAGCUGUGCACAAAGAGCUGCUGGAAUCAACUAUUGCAAGAUUGCGAGGUGAACUGGAAGCAUCAGUGCAAGAGAAGAAGUCUCUGCUAGAGGAGAAAGAAAGACUUCAGAGAGAGGUUAAGAAAACAGAGAAAGAAAUAGCACAAGAAAAAUCCAAUUUGGAAAUGGAAUUAGCUAAAAGCAAGAUUGACAUAAAUGCAUUAACCCAUAAUAUGCAGACUCUAGAGGAAGAGAAUAAGCACCUGUCAGAUCAAAUUGCUUCCCUAGAACAUCAGCGAGUCACUUCUGAUUACCAUGGGCUUGCCCAGCAGCAGGUGGAAAAGGCCUUGGGAAAAAUUGCUAAUAGUAAAAGUAAACUGGCCUAUGAAAAGGGAAAACUCCAGGCAAAAGUUAAACAGCUAGAGGAACAACUACAUUGCCUUACUGACACCAGGUUACAGAAUGACCAUCUACGCAAGAUGAAUAAGGCUCUAGAGACGAAAUAUGCUCAGGUAAACUCAGAACUCAGUGCCAACAAGGUAUACCUGCAACAGACAGAAGAUCAUUUGAAAGAGGUGAAAUCCAUUCUUGAAAAGAAUGAAGAGGAGCUCUCUCUAGCAGUGAGUUGCCGCGAUGCAGCACUGAAAGAGAGUCAGAAGUUGAAAGGGGACCUCGAAGCUUUGGAGGAAAGGGAGAACAGGAAGGUGGGAAACUUUCAGCGACAAUUAGCAGAGGCUAAGGAAGACAACUGCAAAGUUACAAUCAUGUUGGAGAAUGUGCUGGCUUCUCACAGUAAGAUGCAAGGUGCUCUGGAAAAAGUACAAAUGGAGCUUGGGCGGAGGGAUUCAGAGAUCGCAGGCCUCAAGAAAGAAAGGGCUCUAAAUCAACAGAGGGUGCAGAAGCUGGAAGCAGAAGUGGACCAGUGGCAGGCCAGAAUGCUGGUCGUGGAUGCCCAGCACAGCAGUGAGAUGGAGCCUCUACAAAAAGCUCUAGAUAUAGCUAGAGAAGACAACAGAAAACUGGCUAUGAGCCUAGAGCAAGCUCUCCAGACAAAUAAUCAUCUGCAGACAAAGCUUGAGCACAUUCAAGAGAAACUGGAAAGCAAAGAACUUGAGCAACAGAAUUUGGAAACCUUCAAGGAACGGAUGGCUGAGGAGUCCAAAAUGGAAGCUGAAUUACAUGCUGAACGCAUAGAAGCUCUAAGAAAGCAGUUUCAAACUGAGAGAGAAACUGCAAAGAAAGUGGCACAGCGGGAAACAAAUGAGCUGAAGAAAGCCCUUGACGAAGCCAACUUCAGAUCAGUGGAAGUAUCCCGGACCAACCGAGAGCUGCGACAAAAAAUAACAGAGCUGGAGAAAACACUCAACAGUAACAAGGAGAAAAUAAAGAACCAAAAGGCCCAAAUUAAGCACCACUUGUCAUCCAAGGCUAAUAAUGCUCAGAAUAUAGAGAGGAUGAAGCAAAUAGAACAAGAAUUGAGGCAAAUGGAGCUAAUUAAGGAUCAGUAUCAGAAAAAGAACUAUGAACAGGCAUUGAGUAUCCAGAAAUUUGUAUCUGAGAUGACCAGCCUACAGAAAGAGAUGCAGCUGUUGGCCAAGAGCCAAUAUGAUGCCUCAGCACGCAGUAAACAGCAAGAGGUCCGACUGGAGGCAGAGCGGAAAAUAAGGCAGGAGCUAGAGAAUCGGUGCCAGGAAUUAGAAGAAACUGUCAGACAUCUGAAGAAAUGUAAAGAGGCAACAGAGAAUAAACUGAAGGAAGCCAGUGUGGAAUCAGAACAGAUAACAGCUAACCUAGAAGAAGCUCACCGCUGGUUUAAGUGCAAGUUUGAUGGUCUACAACUUGAGCUGACAAAAAACCGGUUGCAGAGGCUUCCCCGAGAAGACAGGUGGCAGGAAGAGGACCAAGAUAUAAGGCACGAUGCGAUGCCCAACCAGUCUGCUCUACAUCGAUGGGAGGCUAAACAGAAUCUUAGGUUCAUGUCCAAGAAGUGCCAUUCUGAGGUAGAGAGGAAGUGAUGUCCUUGACAGAGGAGCAUCUCCAUGUAUGGCUACACCUCCGUGAUUCCGUGAGCCCAACAAUGAGGGCUGGCCUGUGGCUACAGUUAUCAAAAUGUGAAGUCUUUGAUGUGGGCUGAAGAUUGUAGACUUGAGUUUAUCCUUUUAUGAACUCAUUUAUAUCAGUACAGAACCACUCCACCUUUUUUGUCCCUUUCACCGUUUUCCACUCAAUAAAUUUAUAUUAAUUUGUUGUAUGAUAGGACAUACUGUUGCACGAUAC